ACAAUCAAACUGGACGCGCCCAACUGUGACUUCUUCCCUUCCCACAAGCAAGAUGGCGGCCUACGUGAAACGGCUGCACCACGUUUCUCUGCACGUCUCCAACGUGGACAAACUGGCCAACGACUUUAUUUCCAAAUUCAAGUUCAACCUGUUCGCCACCAGGCGGACCGAGCGGACGCGCCAGCUGGUCUUCCGGACCGGGACGGCGGUGUUUGUCGUUAACGAGCGGGCCAACCGAGGCGAGCCGCAGCCGGCGGACGCGGGGUGCCUCUACGACAUCCCCCCGUGCUACCCGGUGGACACAGCCUGCAACGUUUGCUUCGAGGUGGACGACGUCCGCGGCUCCUUCGAGGCUCUGCGGCGGCUGGGCUGCAGCUUCCCGGUGCCGCCCACCACCGUGCGGGACCCCCGGGGCCGGGUCACCUACACCGUGCUGCGCUCCGUGGUGGGCAACGUGUGCCACACGUUGAUCGACAAGAGCGACUACCGGGGCAGCUUUUUGCCCGGCUUCCAGGUGACGGAGGCCGAGGGCGGCCAAGCGCAGGCUGUCACUCACGUGGACCACGUGGACCACAUCACCUACGCGUGCCCCACCGGCACCAGCCGGGAAGUCCUCAGGUGGUACCAGCAGCUGUUCGGCUUCCAGAGGUUCUUUAUGCACAGCAACGACAAGGCGGACAGCGGCUUGGUCAUCAACCAGAAGGGCAUCGGCCUCCGCCUGACCGCCAUGGACUACUGGAAGUGCGGCGAGUCGGGCCUCUCGCUGCCCGGCUGCAAGUUCGUCCUCGCCGAGUCGCUGCCCAAGCAAGGCAGUAACCAGGUGAACACUUUCUUGAAAGAGCACCGGGCGGCGGGAAUCCAGCACAUCGGGCUGCACACGGGCAACAUCGUGGCGGCGGUGCGCAGCAUGGCUGACGCCGGCGUGGGCUUUUUCUCACCGCCGCCUGCCUACUAUACUCAGGUGGGCAAACUGCAGGAGAUCGAGGACGCGGGACAGGACGUGCAGAAGCUGGCGCGGCACGGAAUUCUCCUGGACGCCGACCCGCAGCAACAGGCCUCGUCAGCCAGCGAGGCGCAGAGGUACCUCCUGCAGGUGUUCUCCAAGCCCAUCUUCGCCGAGGACACCUUCUUCCUGGAGCUGAUCCAGCGCAAGGGGGCGAGCGGCUUCGGCGAGGGCAACAUCCAAGCCCUGUGGCGGUCGCUGCAGACGUACAUGGAGGGCGACAAGGCGGAGGAGGGCGCUCCCGAAACUGGCCUGCAACAGUCACGAUGAGCACUUUAAGGCACACUGGAAAGUCAUUUUUGGCUGCUUUUUAAAUAUCGAGCACAGGGCACAUGUAUGAAGCAAGACGACGUAAGAAUGUACUAAAUUAUUUUUGAUCUAUUACAUUUUUGCAGCGUAGUCAAGCAAUGCAAAGGGUAUUUUUGAGUAGAAUUUGGUACAUUAAUGGCAUUUAUUCCACGGGACCCUGGGACACUAUGGAUAGACUUCAAAUGUUAGAAGCAAAAUAUACUUUUUCUGUUCUUGUGAAGCCAUUAUUUGAUUGAAAACAAAAAUGCAAAUUAGGCUGCUUCUGAUUUGUAUCUAUUCAACGUGCGACUCCAGCUAUACAAGCGUGAUGCAUGCUAACUUUGCUGCCGAGUUUAUGUGCAAUAUUGUAAGGAUGGGCCUCUAAAAUACUGUACUUCUUCAUGUCCUCACUGUAAAACAUCUGCAUCUCUAAGGCACUGAGCCGCAUUUUGUUUUGAAAAUGUCAAAUU